GAUAAUCAUGGCGGCCACUUCUGUGUUCCAGCGAGUGAGAACAGGCUCGAAAAUUGGAGCUCAGUAUGAUCAAGAAGGCAAUCUCAUCAAGGUGGAGACACGUGAGGAUGAGGAGCAGAGUGUCAAGCUUGCAGAGAUUCUGGAGCUGUUGCUCGCAGCUGGUUAUUUCAGAGCACGUAUUAAGGGGUUGUCACCCUUUGACAAGGUGGUUGGAGGAAUGACGUGGUGUAUAACUACAUGCAACUUUGACAUAGACGUUGAUCUGCUCUUCCAAGAAAAUUCCACCAUUGGACAGAAAAUUGCUCUGACGGAAAAGAUUGUUUCAGUUCUGCCUAGAAUGAAAUGUCCUCACAGAUUAGAGCCUCAUCAGAUCCAAGGGUUAGAUUUCAUCCACAUCUUCCCUGUUGUACAGUGGUUGGUAAAGAAGGCAAUUGAAACCAGGGAGGAGAUGGGAGAUUAUGUCAGGUCAUAUUCCGUCUCUCAGUUCCAGAAAACGCAUGCAUUUCCCGAGGAUGAGGAGUUUGCAUUAAGGAAGGAGAGAGCCACCAGCACUGUGAUGAAUGUGUGUGAGGUGUAUGCUCCUCAAAGACGUUAUAAGCGGCAGGUGGAUGCUGGUGAGCUGUUAGAUGAAGAGUCUCGGGUUCACUCCACCCUGUUGGAGUUUGGCAGGCGUUAUGGAUUCAGCAAACAGUCUAAAGCAGGCACAGCGGUGGAGCAGAAACAGGUGCUGGCUCAGGGCACUCAAAAUGUGCCUCCAGGAAUGACCCAAGUGUCUGAGGAAGAGGAUCUGCAGGCAGCAGAGGAGCUCAGAAUCAAAGCCUUGAUGACUGGAAUGGCUGCCAUGGCAACAGAAGAGGGAAAGUUGUCAGCCAGCACAGUGGGCCAGAUUGUUGGACUGCAGUCCGAGGAGAUCAAGCAAAUUGCCAUUGAGUAUGCUGAGAAGGCGGAGCGCUCAGCAGAGGAUCGGCCGGAGAGAUUUGGACCUGCACAGCAACACCGCCGUCAGCUGGCUUCACUCAACAAACAAAUCAGUCAAAAAACAAAAGAGCUGGCAGAGCUGCAGGCCAAACAGCAGGAGGUCAGAACAACAUGUGAGGAUGCUAAAAGAAAACUAGCAAAGGCUACCGUACAUACUGAGAAGCUGGAGAGAGAGCUGAGCUCUCUGGAGGACGUGGAGUCUCAGGCCGAUUCUGGGUUGCUGGAAAAACUUCGUGUUUUGGUGGCCAUGAACGAAAACCUGAAACACCAAGAGCAGACAUUCCGCUUGCACUGUCGCGAGGAAAUGACUCGUCUGCAGCAAAGUAUUGAAGAGCUGAAGCUUGAAUCUGGAGAUGAGGGGGAUGAUAAGAUGGAGAUGAGUCUGAUGAUUGAUCAGCAGUACACGGCAGACAGAGAGAAGCUUCAAAAGAUUCGUCUGCUUAUGGCUCGGAGGAACCGUGAGAUUGCCAUCCUACAGAGAAAGAUUGAUGAAGUUCCUAGCAGAGCCGAGCUUACACAGUAUCAGAAACGCUUCAUUGAGCUGUACAGCCAAGUUUCCGCAACACAUAAAGAGACAAAACAGUUCUUCACUCUGUACAACACACUGGAUGAUAAAAAAGUUUACCUGGAGAAAGAGGUCAAUCUGUUGAACUCUAUACAUGAUCAUUUCCAGCAGGCCAUGGCUUCAUCGGGAAGUAAAGAGCAGUUUCUAAGACAGAUGGAGCAAAUUGUGGAAGGAAUCAAACAGAGCCGCAUAAAGAUGGAAAAGAAGAGACAGGAGAAUAAGAUGCGCAGGGAUCAGCUGAAUGAUGAGUACCUGGAGCUGCUGGAUAAACAGAGACUCUACUUUAAAACUGUCAAAGACUUUAAAGAGGAGUGCCGCAAGAAUGAGAUGCUGUUAUCUAAACUGAGAGCAAAAGGAGCAUCGUAACACCUGGAUGCAAACACACACAUGCAUAUUCCCCGAUAUCCCUACACACUGUGUUAGCCUGGAUUAUUUGUUCCAGGUUGUGUCAAAUCUAUUUGAAGCAUGUCAUUAACAUACUGGAAAUGUUUUUUGAUCUCUGCCGUUAUUUGUUUAUACUAAUGUAUUUGACAAUUUCACUUAUUGGAAUUUAAUUUCCUAAUUAAUCACUUUUUUUUUUUUGUAUCGUGACUAUUACAGUCUGCUGCCAUAAACCUAAAACACAUUAAAAGGGCAAUUAACCACUUGUUGAUCUGACAGAUUUAUUUACUGAAGUAUUUGUUUACACCAGUAAAGAGUCACAUAUAAUAAA